AUGUCUCGUAGAAUUCCUCCUCCGCCUAAUAACGACGAUGAUCCUAUGGAGAUGAUGAGAAUGAUGAGGGAUAUGAUGCAGUCUAUGCAGCANCAAAAUUCUGCUUUGGUGNAGCAGAAUACACUAGCUAUGCAGCAACUGGAAGCUGCAAGGACAUCAGCUGAGGCCUCUCAGAGGCAGUUUGUGGAGAUGAUGGCUGGUGGAAGAACUACUGCAGGUUCUACAUCUACUCCAGCCCCGGUGCAAGAAUGGACAUUGGAGAACUUUCUACAGCACCGUCCUGCUAGAUUUANUGGGCAAUGCACACCGGAUGAGGCUGAUCANUGGUUGAGAGAUAUGGAGAGGAUUUAUCAGGCUAAGAGGUGNCCUGAAGAGAACAGACUGUCAUAUACAGAGUAUUUACUUUCAGGUGAUGCUAGUCAUUGGUGGAGCAGUGCUAGAUCAUUAUUGGAGAGUACUAAUGUUCCAAUCACUUGGGACACUUUCAAAACCAAGUUCUAUGAGGAAUAUUUUCCUAACAGUGUGCGAUUCGCCAAAGAGGUUGAGUUCUUGCAGCUGGUUCAGGGUAAUAUGACAGUCUCAGAGUAUGCAGAUAAGUUUAAACACCUGUUGCGGUUUCAUACNCUGGCCAUGAAUGAGGAAUACCAGUGUCGAAAAUUUGAGAAUGGGUUGAGAUGCGACUUGAAGAUCUUGGUGGCGGGGUUUUGUAUCAGGCAGUUUCCAGUCCUUGUUGAAAGGACAAAGAUGAUGNAGAGAAUGAAGAGGGAGUCGGAUAGCCAGAGUAGCCAACCACUGAGGGUUGGUGGACCUAUGACCUCCAGGAGUGGGCCUAGUUCCAGAGUGACCCCAUACUCUAGACCAUCUGCAUCCCAUGGGUCUAGAGGUUCAUCAUCAUCAUCCCACUCCUCUGUACCACAGGCUCCAGUGAGCGUGCCUGGUGGUAUCCGUUGCUUUGGAUGUGGAGGGCCUCAUUUGUUAUCUGUCUGCCCUCAGAAGACCGGAUUUAGAAGAUGCAACAGAUGCAGACAGACAGGGCACUUCGAGAGAGAUUGCCCCAUGGGUAGGAGAGCUGUCAUCCACCCACAGCAGGCUGGGAGAUCCAUUCAGAGGGGUGGCGUCAGACCCCUGGCGACCGGCAGAGUAUAUGCAGUUACUGGUGCAGAAGCUACCAGCUCAGGUAACCUCAUCAUUGGUAGCUNUUUACUGCGUGAUCAGACUUGUAUGGUGUUGUUUGACUCGGGGGCAACACAUUCCUUUAUCUCUGAGGAAUGUGUUGGGAAGUUGGGGUUAGCUACAGAGCGGUUACAGUUUGAUCUGGUGGUGUCUACACCAGCAUCUGGGUUGAUCAAGACGUCGGAUGUUUGUAUUCGAUGCCCGAUCGUAGUGGAGGGACGUCGAUUCAAGGUGAACCUCAUCUGUUUGCCUUUGCAAGGAUUAGAGAUCAUCCUUGGUAUGGAUUGGUUAUCUACCAAUCAUAUCCUCCUAGAUUGCGGCGAGAAGAAGUUAGUGUUCCCCAAUGAACACGAGUAUCAGCCUAUUUCCCUUGGUGUUCUUAGGCAGGAGAUCUUUGAGGGAGCUAGCUGCUUCCUUGUCAUGUCUCACUUAGAGGGAGACUCCUCCAUGCCAUUAGAUCAAGCUGCCAACCUUCCAGUGGUAGCUGAUUUCUUAGACGUCUUCCCAGAGGAAGUUCCUGGUCUACCUCCUCCUAGAGAGGUAGAAUUCUCUAUAGACCUUGUGCCACAAGCAGGGCCUAUAUCUAUUGCUCCUUACCGUAUGGCACCUGCUGAGCUUGCUGAGUUGAAGAAACAGAUCGAAGAAUUGCUUGAAAAGCAAUUUAUUAGACCCAGUGUCUCUCCCUGGGGUGCUCCAGUGUUACUCAAAAUGUCUCGUAGGCUUCCUCCUCCGCCUAAUCCUGAUGAUGAUCCCAUGGAGAUGAUGCGCAUGAUGCGAGAUAUGAUGCAAUCGAUGCAGCAGCAAAAUUCUGCUUUGGUACAGCAGAAUACAUUAGCCAUGCAACAACUGGAAGCUGCAAGAACUUCAGCUUAG